UGUGUUCAUCACUCAUCGAGCUGAGGCCUUUGAGGCAGCAAGGCGAUUUUUCUUACGUGCUGCUCAGAAAGGUCUAAAAAGUAAUGAAAGCUGAAGAAAAGAGAACAGAAACAUAAAAACAAUAAUGUCCUGUUAGAUAUAUACAUGUGGCCUACAUAGAUCUGUUAUAUAGAAAGGAGAAAAGUGAUUCAGUCCCUGUGAUCCUUGUCCAGACAAUUUAAUUCUUGUCCAGUUGAGUUGAUAUAAUAGUAUUUAUUUGAUUCCUGUCCAGUCAAGUUGAUCUUUGUCCAGUCGGUUUGAUCCCUGUCGAGUCAAGUUGAUCCUUGUCCAGUUUAGUUGAUCCUUGUCCAGUGGAUUUAUCCCUGUCCAGUAAGACUGUUGUUAUAGUUUGAACAUCUAUAAUGUCUAAAAUCAAUAUUUAUUUGAGAAUUGUCAAGUCGUUGUGAUCAUUGUCCAGUCCUUGUGAUCAUUGACUGUCCAAUCAAUUUAAUGCUUGUCCAGUUGAGUUGUUAUUAUAGUAUUUAUUUGAUCCCUGUCCAGUCAAGUUGACCCCUGUCCAGUCAGGUUGAUCAUUGACCAGUUGUUUUGAUCACUGUCUAGUCUAGCUGUUAAAGAGAUACUUUAGAUGGUGGCACUGUCUUACUGACAAAUUUCGUUGACUUCAGAUGUACUUUCAUCAGUUUUAAUCAAUUAAGAAAUAAUGGAAGAUUGGAAUGAUAAACUUAUAAAAGCUGCUACAGAUGGAAGAAAAGAGGACUUGAAGCUUUGCCUAGCGAAUGGAGCAAACAUUGAAUUUAAAGUUGAUGGAUGGACAGCAUUAAUGUGGGCUGCCAGGUGGGGACAUGUGGAAGUGUGUCAACUUCUCCUGGAGAACAGAUGUAAAACAGAUAUCACAAAUGAGGAUGGAUGGACAGCAUUAAUGUGGGCUGCCAGGGAAGGACAUGUGGAAGUGUGUCGACUUCUCCUGGAGAACAAAUGUAACAAAGAUAUCACAAAUGUUGAUGGAUGGACAGCAUUAAUGUUUGCUGCCAGGUGGGGACAUGUGGAAGUGUGUCAACUUUUCCUGGAGAACAGAUGUAAAACAGAUAUCACAAAUGAGGAUGGACGGACAGCAUUAAUGUGGGCUGCCAGGGAAGGACAUGUGGAAGUGUGUCGACUUCUCCUGGAGAACAGAUGUAACAAAGAUAUUACAGAUGAGGAUGGACGGACAGCAUUAAUGUGGGCUGCCAUUGCAGGACAUGUGGAAGUAUGUCAACUUCUCCUGGAGAACAGAUGUAACAAAGAUAUCACAGAUGGUAGUGGAUGGACAGCAUUAAUGUUUGCUGCCUGGGGAGGACAUGUGGAAGUGUGUCGACUUCUCCUGGAGAACAGAUGUAACAAAGAUAUCACAUCAAAUAUAGAUGGAAGAACAGCUUUACAUCUGGCUGCUGAGUAUGGACAUCUACAGGUCACAAGAUGUCUUGUAGAAGAAGGAGGUAUCAGUCCCUUUGUUAAAACACACAAGGGUAAGACUCCAUAUGAUAUAGCAGGAGCAAUGAAACAUGGGCAGUAUAAAGAAGUGAUGGAAUACUUAAAGGCUGCUGUACUAAGGACGAAAGAUUCUAUGUUGAACAAACUGCUUGGCAGCGGAAGCUACCAAUCGUUUGACAUGCGCUGCAUGGUAACCGGCCAGUACGCUACUGGGAAAUCAAGUCUAGUCAAUCUUUUAGUUGGAGAUAAUGUUCCAAAAGGGCGACAAGCCACUGAUGGCAUUUCCCUCGUUGAAGGUCGAUGUGGAAUUGAUAUAGAGACAAGAAAGUGGAUCAUGAUUGAUCCAGGAACAUAUAAUGCCUUGGAUGUAGUAUACAAUAAGGUUUUAAUGACCUCUGUUGAAAAGGAUGAAAGAAAACAAACAAAAACAUCAGGAAAACAUAAAUCCGAUGCAAAAAUUGUUGAACUUCCAAAUAAAGACGAUAUUCAUUCUCAGAAGUCAGAAGCUACCAAGUCAACAUAUUUUCCUGUGAACCUCUCAGGUGAGCCUUCUACACAGCCACUAGCUACCAAGUCGACAUCUUUCCCUGUGAACCUCUCAGGUGAACCCACUACACAGCCACAAGCUACCAAGUCGACAUAUUUACCUGUGAAGCUCUCGGGUGAACCUUCUACACAGCCACAAUCUACCAAGUCGACAUCUUUCCCUCUGCACCUCUCAGGUGAACCCUCUCAGCAGCCACAAGCAGCCCAAUCUUUGUCACAACAGAUUUCCUCUAUUGAGUCUAAAAAGCAGCAAAUGAAGAAGAAAAUGACAACUAAAAUGACCAAAAAAGAAAUGAGAAAGAAAAUGGAAAAGGUCCUCAAAACUGGUAAAUAUAAGAUGAAAGUUGGUCGACUCAUCUUCUGGGACUUUGGUGGACAGUAUGUCUAUUAUACAACACACCAGACAUUCAUGACUUUCAGAGCUUUGUUUCUAGUAGUUUUUGAUGGAAGUAAAGGAUUGAAUGAAGAAAUAUCUGAUGUAUUGUGUUUUCCAGGGCAGCACAUGACACCAACCCCAGCAGUCUUUUUACUGCACUGGGUAAACUCAAUCCUGACCUAUUGUAAGGUGGUGUAUGCUGGCAUCCCUAAGAUCUUGUUUGUAGCCACCCAUAAGGACAAGGUACCAGUGGAGGAUGUUGAAACAAGACGAACACUAUUGUACAGUGAAGUAGAGGAAUUAUUUAAAGACCAUGAAGGAAGAAAUCAUCUUGUCCUUGACAAACAAAUAUUUGUCAAUGCAACUGAUAAAGAUGAUCAAGAAAUUAAAGUCCUUAAGGAAGCCAUCACAGAGCUUACUUUCGAUCAUCCAUGUUGGGGGGAGGACAUGCCGAAUGCUUGUGUCCCCCUUGAACUGGAGAUUGCUGAACUAGUAGCUGCAGGAAAGCAAAUCUUGUCAUUGGUAGAGCUUGAAGAAUUGAAUUCAAUCAGCAAGGUGUCCGUUCUGGAUUUAGAACAACUUCAUGACUUCCUACACUUCCAACAUUCUCUUGGGAAGCUUAUCUACUUUGAUACCCGUCAGCUCCAAGAUUAUGUUAUAAUUAACCCGCUACUCAUGGUGGAGGUUAUGAGAUCUUUUGUGACAGAUAUAGGGUUUUGGCCAAAGAAAAAAGAAUUACAGCAAACUUUCAGAAGAAUGUCAGAAAGUGGGAUAAUACGCCGAGAAGACCUGUAUCAGAUCUGGAAACAGAAGGACUUCCGUGCAGUUUUACCGUACAAAGAGUUUAUAUUCAACGUUCUCAUUCAUUUAGAUAUUCUGGCAGAGCAAAGGAGAUAUGAUACAACUACAGGAAGUCGCUUACCAGUAGAGAACUUCUUUGUUCCCUGUAUGGUCACAGAACGAAAUACCACCAGCUUCAUGGCCAAAGAAUGUACACCAGAGAAAGCAAUAUGUUUGGCAUUUGUUUUUAAAGGAACUGUUAUACCACCAGCUUUGCCAAAUCGUCUGAUUAGUGCGUGUCUGAGCAUGUGGACUUUGAAGCAGUAUGGAGGUAGAAAGCUCCUCUUUUCCGGAUUUGUUGUAGUCUCAUUUGAUAAGUCACAUGAUAUUGUAGUAUGUGUUGAAGGCAACAAAAUUCUUCUGUAUAUAGUACAUAAAACCUCGGCUGGACUUAUAGUACGAGAUAUAGCUACUGGAGUUAAGGAAUGCUUGGUUACAACAAUGGAGAGAAUUUCGGAUUUCUAUCAGUCCACAAUCCAUGUAAAACGCUGUCAACAAUUACCGUUCCAUCUGGAAUAUUCAUGUUCUGAGAUGAAAUGCUUCAUUGAUGAAGAGGAAGCUUUACAGGCAAAUGAAUGGGUUUGUGACACACAUAAUAUAACCCAUAGAGCAGGAAACUCCACUGUUUGGAACCAAGAAAAGGAGAAAGAACAGUGUGAGCCGAAUUGUCCAGGUUUAAGUGAUGACGCUUUAAACCAGAGACCAAGUGAUAUUGAAUUGUUGCGAUUUUCAAUCAAAUGUGCAUCAAGCCAUAUGCAUGAAUUAGUGACAUUUCUGGAAAUGUCUGAUCAAUGGGAUACUAUCACAGAAAAUUAUCCAACAAAUAAAGAAGUGGCUAAGUUUGUUAUCUUAUUAAAAUGGAAGGAGAAGAAUGAAAAGAACAAUUUUAAAGCAUUGGCAGAAGCUCUGACACACAUGGAAAUAUCAGCACAUGUUUUGUGUCAAGUAAGAAGAAUCAGAAUAGCAGAAACAGACAUUCCGUCAGAAUACCUAGAUUGUAUUCCAACAGAUGAAAUUUUAGAUGCUUUAGCUCCACAAAUUGGUCAGGUAUUUUUCCAACUUGGCACUGAAAUUGGGCUCGCAACUGCAACUCUGGAAAAUAUUCAGUAUAAAUAUCCACGACAGUUGAUAGAACAGAACAGGGAAGUCUUGUUCACUUGGAGAGAAGACCGAACAGUGAAACCUACCAUACGUAUACUUGUACAGGCAUUAGCAAACAUUGGAAAAGGAACCCUUUUACGCGACGUUCUUGAGAAUGUGAAUCCUAAUACCCUUAGAGAUUCAGAAAAAGUGACAGGUAUCGGUGCAAAACCAAAGAAAAAGUCAGAGCAGAUACCACUGAGUCAGCAAAAGAUGUCAAAGAACUGUUCAAUAGCUUAAAAGUAGGCAUCACAAAGUAUAGUCAGAUCCUUCUUGAGGAAAUAUAAACUGUAAUAAAGACAAGAAUUGAUCAUCAUGAAUGAAUCCAGCCCCGUUUUUUCUAACAUGAAUAUUGUUAAAAUGAAUUGUAUCUUUGUUUUGUAAUGUAUGUUAUGUUUUUAUGUGAAUAGAGAAGGUUUGUUUCUUGUCACUACAGUUAU